CUAUCAGAUUUAAACAAAUUAUAUCAGAUUUGAACAAAUUAUAUCAGAUUUAAACAUGUUCUCAGGUUUAGUUUAACCUAAAUUCCAGGUGAACAAAAUCAAAUAUUAACAGUUUUAUUAUUUACUAAACUAAACAAGUUUUGUUCUGUAAUCAGGAGGUUAAAUCUCACUGCAGGAACAGUUUGUUGCAUUCCUUCCACCGUAUGAGCUCAGCACUUCAUACCACACACACACACACACACACACACACACACACACACACACGCACACACACACACACACGCACACACACACACACACACAGUGAGUGUUUGAGAUGAAGGCCUGGUCCAGAUAAACUGAAGUGUUGGGCUAAAUGUGGAAGCCAGCGCUGAUAAGACGAACCGGCGUUGGACCAUCAGGCGGUUCGCAGCGAGGCGUUCGGGCUCAGUCAGGAGAAGUUAGAGGUGAACCAACAUCCUGGAAGGUUUUUAAAUAUCGAAAGCAAGAAUCCAUUCCUUCAGGGUCAAACGUGACGAAUCUGCAGAGGUUUGAAUCCAGAAAAACUCAGAGGGAACAUCAGGACUUGGAAUCGUUUCCUGGAGAAAAGAGGAAGGCUGGAGGUGAGGAAGACUCUGCUGGACAUGGAGGGACAGCCGGAGGUCAAAGAAGAGACAAGAAUGGAGGCAGAAAACGACUCGACUGCUGCAGCCUCAGACGGAGGGAAGGAAAAACUGCAAACAGAGGAGGGAGAGAAAGAGGAGGAGCUUCAGGAGGAAGAGGAGGGUGGAGGCGAUGAAGAGGAGGGUGGAGGCGAUGAAGAGGAGGGUGGAGGCGAUGAAGAGGAGGGUGGAGGCGAUGAAGAGGAGGGUGGAGGCGAUGAAGAGGAGGGUGGAGGCGAUGAAGAGGAGGGUGGAGGCGAGGAAGAGGAGGGUGGAGGCGAUGAAGAGGAGGGUGGAGGCGAUGAAGAGGAGGGUGGAGGCGAGGAAGAGGAGGAUGGAGGCGAGGAAGAGGAGGGUGGAGAGACAAAAACAAAGAAACAUUUGGGACUUUGGGAAUCUGAGGCUGCUGCCGACGUCAAGCCUCCGCUGCCGGAUCCAGAGUUUAACCGCCGAUGCAGUUUGAUCCUCAGUGAUGUCUGGUAUAAGGAGGACUUGGAGAAGAUGAAGGGUCAGAGUCUGUUUGUCCCCGGAGCCGAACUCAUCCACUCCAGGAACAUCAGCGCCGUGAUCUCUGAGUCCAAGUACAAGGAGGACGGGAAGAAGGAGGCGAAUCUGUCUCUGUACUCCAUCCUGCCUAAGACUCCAGAGACGCAGCGCGCCAAGGAAGCUUCAGAGCUGCAGAGCGAGAUCAAAUACAAAGGAAACCUGAAGACGGAGAUUUCUUCCUCUCUUUACUCUCUGCUGCCUGAAACCACAGAGACCCAGUUUGUGAGAGAGCUGACGGAGAUGCAGAGCGAGAACAAAUACAAGGAGGAAGGCAGGAAGGAGAUGAGCAGCAGUUUGUUUUCUCAGCUUCCUGAAACCAACCAGACGCAGCUGGCCCGGACCGUCCAGGACUUCCAGAGCCAGAAAAAGUACCAAGAAGACGGGAGGAGGAAGGCGUCCAUGUCGCUGUACUCCCAGCUGCCAGAGACGCCGGAUCCAACACGCCUUGGAGGUUUCCCAGCUGCAGAGCGACGUUUUUUGCUCCAAGCUGCUGGGAAGAGGAGCUGCUUCCUCCCUGUACUCCCAGCUGCCCGACACCACAGAGAUCCAGUUCGCCCGGGAGAUGACAGAGCUGCACAGUGAGGUACCACACACACACACACACACACACACACACACACACAC